GUUGGUGAGGGCAACGUUGAACAUAGUUGGCGUCCUUGACGUGGGUAUAAAUCAGGCCGAUGAGUGGAACUAAGGAAGCAUUGCUGCACAAAAAUUCCCGCAACUCACAAGAGAGAAUAUCCAUACUCGGGGAAUCUCCAACUUGGGUACAGCCAACGGUUUCGAACAACGAUAUAAACUACAUAUCGUUCACUGAAAGUCAUCAUUCGAGUGCCUAGGGUACAGCAAGUGGAGGAGCAACUUCUCAAACCGUGAUUCUAUUUGAUAUUCAAUACAUUGAAAUAUUUUCACGAACACAAACACAAUGGAAGCUUUCCGAUUCUUUUACAUUUGUGCCAUGGUGGUCCUCGCUCAUGCAGCCCCGGCUCCACAAUUCGACCUCUCUGGUCUUUUUGGAGGGGGACAACCACAACAACAACAACAACAACAACAGUUCAAUAAUCAAAACAAUGGCCAGUUUCAAAAUAACCAGGUGCAACAACAGCAACAAGGCGGUCCUUUGGGCAACUUGAACCUGGGACACGCUGUGGGUGCUGCGGGCUUCUUGGGGGCGGGUCUUCUCACGGCCAAGAACAUCAAGGAAGACAACACCCGGCUCUCCCUCCGCCCACAAGUGGGUCUGGCCUUCAACACCCAAACCCAGAGGUUGGAACCCAAUUUGGGUGUGGGUGUCCAAGUCGGUGAGGGCAAUGUGGCUCCCACCUUCAACUUGGGUGGGCAGUUCUCCGGAGGUAAAAUCAACCCCUUCGUCACAGGUGGCGUGUCCACCUUCAAUGACAAAGGCCAGAUCAACCCCGGUAUCAACUCUGGAUUCACCUUCAACAACGGUCAAGCUCAAGGUGUGGUGGGUGGCAACGUUAACGUGGGCAAGUUUGACGUGGGUCGUCUACCUUUCUCUGGACGAUAGAUGGUGAUCACUCGCUCUCCCUUUGAAAUCCCCGCUGUUUCAAGCCAAAUGUGAUAUUUAUGGCAAACCAUAAUAUUAUUGAUAAUUAAACAUAAAACGAAGA